AUGUUUGCCUGGCUUACCUCAAUGUUUGAACAGCCACCUGUAUCACCAGAAUUGAAGAAAUCAAUAGAGCUGACUGUUGCGUCGAAUAAGGUUGUUGUUUACUCGAAAACUUAUUGUCCUUACUGUAGAGCUACAAAGGAUUUGUUAUCGAGAUAUGGCGUUUCAUAUGAACUUAUUGAGUUAGAUACUAUUGAGGACGGCGCCACUAUACAGCGUGCUUUGGAAGAGAUUACUGGACAAAGAACUGUUCCCAACAUUUUCAUCAAUGGCAAGCAUAUUGGUGGCAACUCCGAUUUGCAAAAUUUGAACCAGAGCAAUAAGUUGAAACAGCUACUUUGA